AUGGCGGAUAAGUUUUCAAAUACUGCCAAGCGUCAACGUCGAGCUCGCAAGGCGUGCCAGGACUGGAUUUCGGAAACAUCAAAGCAAUUGGAAGUGUGCCGAAGCCUGACGAUUGAGCAUUUGUCGUCUUCUUCUUCGCCUCAAACCAUCUCCAUUCAUCAGAAAGCUAAUAAUCUUCGAAUGAGGCAUGGACGCAUAAAUAUUUUGAUGGAGGCGCAUAAGUCGAAUGAACAUAGGUUUAUUACUAACUUAGAAGCUGAGAAGGAAAUGACUACAUGUUAUGCUGAAUACUUGAAAGUGCUCUCUCAGGAGUGCUAUCGAUGCAAAAUAACGCCAAAUUUCGUUUCACAAGAUGAGGACUUAGAUGCUGCAGCACUUCAUUCUGAUUGGAAGAAGCUGUUGUCCGAUAUGGCAAAUAUUCAAAGCGCAAUACAAGAGCAAUUAUUGUGGUGCGAAGAAGCAUCGAAUGCAGCAAUCUGGAUGACGAAUUGGUUGAGAGAAGUGGAGAAGCGAGCACUGGGUGAAGAUGCCUCUUUUAUCGAGAACUUUAGACCAACUCUGUCUCGUCGGGGUCAUAACCUACGUGCAUAUUCUGAAGAAGCUGUAACUCUGGACACAAUUGCUGAAAAGCAACAAGAGGUUGUUAAGUUUUGGCAGAAUUUGAAUGAAGAAAUCGCCGAUAAGAAGGCUGAAUUUGAUGAAUAUGAGUUCAGAAUAUCUAAAAUCCAAUCUGACACUAGCGCCAAUGCGCAAACAUUUCGCGAGCGCUUUGAUAAUGCUGCCGAAACUGCAAGGAAAUUUCUCCAGCAAAAUAUUGAAGGAACUAACACUCUUAACCGAGUUUGCCAACAGAUCAGCGUUUUUAAUACCUGGGUCCUGGUGGUUCAGGAGCAAGCUUCUAAGUCCGAUCUUUCAAUUCAGAAUUUUCUCAGCCAGGAAUCAGAAGCAGCAACAAUUGAACAAGGUGAAGAGUAUAUCUCCUCUCUUAGCGGAGUUAUCGAUCAACUUUUGACUGAGUGUGCUGGCGUGAAGGAGCAAAUCUGCCCAUUAUCUGCUGCGUGUUUGCUCUCAGCGGAUCUUCUUUCUCAUCUGAAUGUUGUCUGGCGAUCAAUUAAAGCUGAAGUCCAGAACGUUCAACAAAAGUAUCAGAGUGAUUCAGAGGCCAUUGAUGAAUUCUUAAGCCGACUAAAUGCUCUUGCAAAUUGGGUGAAAGAAAAAGAAGGCACUCUUAACAUCGUUAAUUCUGAAUUCAAUAGCAUUUCAAACAAUGCAGUUGUUUCUUUCGCGGAGGAGUUGAAAAAGUGCGAGUCUUUCCCAUCUCUGUCGGAAUCUGCUUUGGAAGAUAUGGCCAUUUGUCUCAAGCGGAAGGAGAAGCUCGUUUCAGAGACAUGUAGUCUCAUCAAUCAAUUGAAUACGAAGAGCCAUGAUUUUGAAGCACUUCAGGAACGGUUGCAAGAACUUGUCGCGCUAAAGGAGGACAAGGUUUCUCAAAUCACCACCGAAACUAAUGUUUUGAUGGACAAGUACUCUGGAAUGCAGUCGCAUGCAAAGGAGUUGUCAGAACAGUCGAAAGAGAUGCUCUCUUCUCAGCAUAAUCUCAAUUCAAUGUUCAGUGCCUUUCAGACUUGGCGGGAUGAACUCAAGCGGUCUUUGCAGAAUGCUUCGGACUUUUCUGGUGACCGAUAUGCCCUGAUGGCCAGAUUGGAUUGGCUAAAAGAUAUUGAAGCGAUUCGUCAAAAGGGAGAAAAACGAAUUGAGGAUCUUAAGAGAAUCUGCGUUAAAUGUAUGGCCACCUCACCUCCUGACCUAAAACAAGCUCUUCUAUCGGCUACUAAUGAGCACGUCAUCGAUUUUAAUAAACUUCUUUCAAAGAUAAUUGACUCACAUUCUCAGUACUUUAAAAUUAAUGAGACGUGGGAGAAGUUUGAUGCUAUAACUACUGAGUUCGAUUCCUGUCAUCGACGCGUUUUAGAGUCUAUGACUCAAUUUGAAGUGCCUUAUUCUGAAGAUCUUCCAGGCUUUCUGUCCAAAGCGAACCUACUUUCCCUCGCUCUCGAUGCAUUAGAUGGCCCUGAAGAAUUAGAAACAGCUAAAACUGGUCUUUUUGAAGAAAUUCAAGCCCUUAGAACUAAGUUUUUGCAGCUCUCUGAAUGCCACGUAAAAUUAAAAACUCUUUUGGAGGAGGUUAACACUAAAGAAGAUUCUAGUGUGUCUUCCACUAUCUUAAUGCGGUCAAAUAGGAUGAGGUCUCUAAAGAAAACCCUCCAGACGCGUAUCAAUGCAUGGAGGAAAUUAGCGAACGAAUUCGAACAACUCUUAAUGGGUUGCAAAGUUCUCGGCAAUGAAGUUUCCGAUUUCGGAAAUCAAAUAGAAGCCCUUUCUAAGGAGAGUGCAUCCUGUAACUCCCUUAUUAUCGUUAAUGAUUUGAUAAGGAGGUGCGAAAUGAACAUGAGUGAACACCAAAACUUGGGAGACGCUCUAAAGUUGAUGAAAGAAAGGUCUACGUCUCUAACUCCUCAUACAAGCAAUGCUACAAUUCUUGAGCUGCAGGGAAGUCUAGCAACCUGCCAAGGCAGAUUCAUGUCUAUUCAAAACACAGGCAGAUCACUUGUAAAGCAGUUAAGAGAACGUCUUGAAAUAAAUACUAAAUUGGUAACUGAAUUGUCUGACUACUUCUCUACACUCUCUGGUGCUGAAGAGACUUUGAUCAAACUUACAACUUCUGGACGGCUUGUGCUCAACACUUCGUUUCCGAAAUCUAUGUCUCUUGCUUCAAGACCCUGUUCAGAAUUGACAUUCGCCUUUGUCAAGCUUUCAAAUUUUCUUCAAGAAUACAUGAACGAGCAGAAACAAUCUCUAAUGACUCAUAGUGAAAAGCUCUCUAAAUUUCAGCUAGAGCUCACAGAAAGACAGCGGGCUAUUCAAGACGUACUCAGCAAGAACUUGCUUGUAGAUGAAACCUCGUUUCAAGAUCACAGCGCCUUAAAACAGCGUCUAAGUAAUCUUUUAGAGCAAAUCAAAGAAGUGAAAAAGACGGACGAAGCUUGUGAAGCCUUUAUGGCUGAGCUACAUUCACAUAUGACUAAGGCGAUUGAAGAGCUCGGUUUGUGUGUUGACUCGUUCGUUCAACUUGAAUCAGAAUCUCGACGUGUUUCGGAUGACUUCUUGGACAAUUCUGAGCCUCUGAUCGGGAAAUUGACCUCUCUUUUGAGCCGCCUGAACAAUGCGAACUCGAUUUUCGCGUCAGUAGGGAAAUUCGAUCAAAAUCUCCCGACUAACGACUCAGAAUGGAAAGAUUAUGUUGGAAUGUGUGAUAUACUACUCAAUGAAUUCAAAGUCCUCAAACAGCGAGUAGAGCAACUUAAGUCUACAAUAUAUAGUGAAGUUCAGAAUUUGAAGAAAAUAGAACAACUUCAGAAAGACAUUUCAAAUCUUCAUUUAACAUAUAAGACAAAAUGCUCACUAGUGCCUUCGUAUGUUAAUAAGGCUCCAACCUUUCUUGGUACGAGCUCUACCGAGGAGGCGGUUUCACAAUUCUCAUCUUAUAUUGCCUUCAUUAGAGCUGCAAAAGAUGAUCUACAGUCGGCUUCUACUGAAUACACACGUAAUGCUAAUAGUAUCCUUUCUAGUCUUUCUGAUAUCAUUAAAACCUAUUCUUCCCACCGGAAACAACCGGUUGGAAUGCUGCUCACUCGUAUGGAAAGUCAAAAGGCCAUCUUCGAGGAUACUGAGAGACAGUAUGAAAAACUUAAUAAGGAAAUCACGGAAGAGAUCUCGAAAUGGGAUGGAUUCAUUAUGCUCUUCCGAGGUCUCUUGCAGUGGGUGAACGCAUGCGAAAACGACUUCAAGGCUCUAUCAGCUGUUGAGACUGUAACAGAGCGUACGAAUUCUUUGCGUGACCUUGAAGAGACUUUGAGAAAAGCUGGUGCCCCGAUGUUUGAUCGUGUCCUCUCUAGCAGUUUCUCACUCCGAUCUCUUCGUCCUAACUUAAAUGUGGUCAACAUAGCUAUGAGCUGGAUCACUGAUCGAUACAACACGCUGUUAAAAUCAGUUUCUGAUGGACAGAAUGAACUGAAAAGUACAAUUCUGGCUAAAGAGGAAUUACGAAAGUCUGCUGACUACUGUUUAGAAAUGUUGGAGCGACAAGAAACCCAACUUACUGAUCUUUGUUCUCGACCGUUCUCUAUACCAUCACCACCUUUGUCUAUUGAAGGAAUUGAUGAAAGACUUCGGAAAUUGGAGGGAUUCCAACACAAUCUGGAUGAUUCAAGGACUGCUCAUUUAAAUCCAUUAAGUGAACGUAUACAGACAGUGAAAAAUCAGUUGAAAGCUUGUGGUUUUGAUCAGGCCGAAGUUAAUGAUGCUGUCAAUAGGAUUGCUGAGCUCUGGACACUUUUUAACUCACUUAAAGAACGCCAUGCAAAGAUCUCAUCUGGAUGCGAAAAAUUGGCAAAGGGAGGGAAAGAAUUUAUUAAGCAAACGCGAGAAAUGAGCUUUUGGUUAAAACAACAGAGAGAAAUAUUUUUCAAUUUGCACAGUGAUACCUCCGUUGCAGAGUGUGGUAAUAUCCAAGAUCUGGUUGAUCGCAUUUCCAAACGCUCAAAUGACAUGCAUCAAUUUUGUAUGGAGGUAAGUACCAACGGAGGACGCUUACUCUCGGAGUGCUUAUCUAAUGCAGACCAUAUCAUCAACAUCGCCAAGUCGUUAGGCAUAUCAAUUCUUCAAGAUCGAGCUCCGUCAAAAGUUCACACUCGAGAGAGUCUUAUUGAAAGUCUCGAUAAAGACUUUCAAGAUCUUUCCAUGCAAGCUACUAAACAGAAAGAUGAACUCCUAUCACUAUUGCUCUUUCUUACUGCUUAUGCCGAGUUAUUCGCUAAUCUACAGAGCUGGGUCACUUCUGCAGAGGAUGAAGUAUCCAAAGACACAGAUGAUAAUGAUUCAACGAGAGAUGUACAACUUUAUUCGACUCCUUCAAGCUACAUAACCAUUCGGUCAGCGCAUGUUCUAUCCCUGCUGGCUCAGAGUCAUGAAAAAGCAGGACAAAUAGGGGAGAAGCAGGCUCAUCUUGAUGUUCUUUUAUCUCGAUCAAAUCGUCUUUUGGAGGAAAGGGGCUCCACUGAAGUGACUCGGUUCGCGGCACAAAAGGUUAGUGCCCUUUCACGGCGAUUUGUUGGACUCACAAUGCUUGUUAAAAGGCAGAUAGAGCUAAACACGAUAAAAGUGAAGAAUAUUGAAACCCUCCAAGAGUCUCGUAAUGCCUAUACUAACUGGGAGAAAGAAAUACGAAGCAAAUUUGGGCAUGCCUGUCAAGAAGGGAAACUGACAGAUGUUCUUGCCCAAUUGAAGCGAAUUUUCAAGUCGCUGGAAAUUGGUGACGUGCUACUUGAAGCCUGCCAACGAUUGGCUCUGACCGUUCAAUCCGAGGCUCUAGGCUCAAAUGCCACCGACCCUGCCUUAGCUCAAGACUUGAUGGCUAGUUAUGAGUCACUUAAAAGUACAAUAGCUCAAAAAAUUGAAACAGUAGAGAAGCAGGUGGCUGCAAAACGAGCUAAACAAUUAAGCAUUGAUUCGCUAUCUUCGUGGCUUGAGGGUGCAGAACAAAAACUACAGGCUGUCAUAUCCUCUAUCUACUCACCUACUCACACGAAUUUAAAGAACGCCUCCUUUAAUUCUCUUAUGACUUUCUAUGAACUGUCCAUUGGAAAUGGGAUUGCUGAACUUUUGGCUCUUCAAUCCGAGUGUACCAAUAGGGAGACAGUUGAAGACGACUCCCAAAUUGCUUCUCGACUCUAUGCUUUCAAAGUGCGUCUAUCAAAUUAUUUGAGUGAAUUAGAGGAGAGAACCAAGAAUCUAAAUGCUUAUAGAGAAGCGAGUGAAUUAGUCUCUAUACGUCAAAGAAUGACUCUCGAAAGAUAUGUUCAGGUGAUUAGUAGAUCUAUGACAAUUCCAGAAUCAGCAUUGGAAAUAGCUGACCCUUCUAAUGUCAUUCUAGAAGCCCUUAUUUCAGCUUAUGAUGCUGAACGUCGUUUAGCUGUUUUAUGUGGAAUUAAUGAAGAGUUGGUUAUUGACGGUCGUCAGCUACUGGACACAAUGAUUGCUUCGGCUGAUAGACUCAUUUCUAACACCAUUGAACAGUCGAACUCUUGUCUUUCUGAUGCAAUUACUGUACGCAAUGAGGAAUUAAGAGAUGAGCAAAAUAACUUGGAGAGGGUUUCCAAACAAUCGAUAGAGCUAUUAGAAAGUGUCACUGAGGCAUGGAAGAUAUUCUCAAGAAGUGAGGAGGAAUUAAGCGACUGGUUAAUGGAAAUGGAACAGACUUCUAUUCGCCCACCAUUCAAUGCUGACAAGCCGAUUGAUGAAAGAAAACGAAUUCUCUCGGAAAUGCAGUCCCAUCUGGCUCAAAUUAAAAAGAAAUACCCUUUGAUUGAGCGUCAUUUAACUAAUGCUGACCAAAUAAAUAGCCGAAUUCCUCAAUUCCAAGCUGCCGAGAAGGCUAAGCAACUUUAUACUCGCUACACCACCCUCGUAAACUCAGUCCAAGCCCAAGUUGAGCUGCAUUCAAUUGAAGCAAUGGAGGUUUCAAGUCUUGAGAGCACUAUGACGAAAGUUUUAGCGAAGAUUGAUGACUUUAAAUCACUUUUGGAAGAAUGCUGGGUUGAGAAUCGCCUUCUGGGUCACACGGAUUUGGUGUCGAAGCAGAUUUCGAUUAAGAAAAUGAUGAAAGAAUUGGACAGCUUUAAGAACUCUGAGGAGAUGGAAACUCUGCAAAGUCAUUUCGAGCGUGUAAAAGCUUUUGUCAGUUCUUCAGUCCGAGACGACUUUACUCGACGUCUUGGUGAAAUUUCCACCUUCUUGGAAGUUUCGAUUCAUAAAUUGCAAGCGGCUUCUGUGUUUGUUUCUUCACGUCUUGAAACCUGGGGAGCCUGGUCGUCGUUAACGAAGAAACUUGAAGAAGAACUGAACUCAAAAAAGGAGGCGUAUAAACGUAUCUUGCUUGAUGUAAAAGGGGUUGCCUCGUCAUCUCCAGCAGAUAUACUUACAAAGAGAAGAGAAGCAAUCGAUAAACUUCAGGAGAUGCUUUCUUCGCUUGUCUCUAUGAAACCUGAUUUCACCGAGCUCAGAAGCCAUAUGAAUGGGCCUGAAUCGGAGAUGCUUGAUCCGAAUCUUUAUCGGAAAUCAAGUGAAAUCGCGCAUCGGAAGAAGACCUUAUCUGAGGACGUUCGGACUCAACGAGAUCGUCUUAAGCAUUCCUGGGAGGCUCUUUUUACUUAUUCGAACAAAGUGAACGCGGCGGACCAGUGGUUACUUGGCGCCUCUGUCAAACUCACUGCCCUCAAUAAUGCCAAUCCGGAUGGUCCUAACGCAACGGAAUUCCUCAUCAAGAAUUGCAAAAGCUUCACAUCUGAGGUCUCUGUUUUCGUGGAGCGUGAUCUCAAGUCGUUGAUUUCUGAAGGUCAACAUCUUGAAAGCACAAGAGAAGUGAAGCGGCGAAGGCGGAAAGAUAAAAUCGGAGAAUUGUGUGUCCGAACGGAUGCAUUCAAGCAAUUGUUGGAACAACUGAAUUCUAUGAGGAAUGAGGCGGAUGGUCUUAUGAAAGUAACCCAGGAUAUUGAGAGGGGUCUCAAUAGCAAGGCAGAGGAUUGGUUGGAACUACUGGCCAAACUUCAAAGUGGUGAAAGUUAUAUGGAGAUAAAUAUGCCUCGAUGGUGGGAAGAUUAUGUGGAUCAUUUUCAACCCGAAGCAACAGUGGAACAUCCUCAACCUCUAUCAGCGUCUCUUCGAAGGAGAGUGGCUCAACAGCCUGAGGCUGUUCUAGAAGAAAUAUUCGAUCAGAUUAAGGAAGUCGAAAAACGCCGAUUUGAACUUGAAAGUGCAAUCAACAAGGUGACUUCAUCUUGGACACCAGUUCAAACACCUUCCACAGUGCAACAGCGUCUCCAAAAGGCUGGUGCGGACGAUAGUGAUGUUAUUUCAGCGUCAGUUAGUGCUGAUGAACCUCAGACCAGUGGUAGUAAAAUUAGAAAUCGAGCAGAAAAUCUCAAGAAAAAUUGUGCAAUUCAGGUGAAAAAGAUGAAAGCCCUUUGCGAACAAAUAAAUAACUGGAAGUCUCUCUGGCAUCAGCAGUUACUCUGCGAGGCCGAGGUUGGCGAUUGGCUUGAAAUUAAGGAGUCUGCCGUUAGUGGCCUCUUUGCAGGAAAAGGCUUGGAAACUCUUGAUUUGGGCACUUCUUCACUAAAUCAACUCCGUGCCGAGCUGCUCGCCAAACGAGAUGUCAUUGAUGAAUUGGCCAACUGGAGGCAGAAUCUCCUAGGUCUUCCGUCUUCAACAGACAUUGGCGGUGGAGGUGAUGGAAGUGAUCCCAUUGGUGAAUUGAGUCAUAGGCUGGACACUUUGGUUCGACGUAUCGGUAAGAGAGUAGAGCUGCAUGGGCAUUUUGUACGACAGGCUAAAGAUGCUACACAAGUGAAGACAGAAGUACAGGAAGAUUUAGAAAAGAUGGUUCAAAGAAUACCAAGGGGACAUUCAACUCUCCAUUUGAGAACUAGUCCUCGUUCUCAACAUCCCCUUCGAAACGCUCAAAGUACCUCUGUAAUAUAUCAGCGUCGAGGUCCCUCUCCUCUUUCGAUCCAACUACCUAACGACCCCUCUCCAGUUGUUGGUUCUCUCGAAUGGCUCUGGUAUUCUCCAACCAGUGUUCUGGAACAACAACGUCACCUUGCUUCAUCCCCCAGUCCCCCACGUCUCUCUUUCAGACCCAUUCAACAGCGUGCGGGUCGCAUAAGUCGACGACUAGGUCGAUCUACCCCUUUAAUCAAUAUACGCGAAAAGGAGUUCCCUCAAUUCCCUUCAUCAGCUCUUCGUAACUUCGCAUUAGCCCCUUUUACAGAUAUCAGACUGGGUGAGGAGGGGGAGUUGGAAAAUUUGGAUGAUGAGGGUUCGCUUUCUUCCAAUACCAUUGUCUCCACACCACCUAUACCCCCUCUUCUUCUAGGCCGAUCAAUAUCGCCACGUCGAUUACGAAGUAGUCGCGGCUGGCGAAGAGGGUGGAGUCUGCAUGCCCAAAAUUCUCCAUCAGAAUCACCAAGAUCGAAAGGUGGCCCCAAACAUCCGGCUUACUAUACUUCCUGUGCUGAUCUCUUAUCCACUCUUCCUGUUCUUCCGUCAAGAUCGGGAUAUCGUCAAUAUCCCACGGCUAGUGAUAUAGCUAGGCGUCGAUAUAGACGUCGAAACGGUUGUCAACUGUCGAGGGUAUCUUUAAUUGACUCCACAUUGCAGGAGGCGCGUCAAAGAAGAAGGAGACGUAUUUUCGCCUCGCUUUUAUUCGGAUUCAGUCUGCUUGUCUUUACAUACUUUGUUUCCCGUCAACCGCUGACUAUCGAAUGCGGUCGAGCUGGUUUUGAGGCUGCCUUUGGAAUACGAGUUGAUGGAGGUAGAGGUCAACCACUUGAAUUCAUCUUCCCUUUCUAUGAAUAUCCCCCUCCAACUUAA